AUGACCACUCUUCGGGUUCUGCUGCACGUCGCUGCUCAGCGUGACUACGAGCUCCACUGCCUUGACUUCAGCACUGCGUUCCUACAAGUCACCCUGCACGAGGAGAUCUGGCUGCGCCGCCCACCUAGCUUCACUGGGUCGUUCCCUCCUGGUACCCAGUGGAGCCUCCGGCGGCCAGUCUACGGUCUCCGCCAGGCACCCCGUGAGUGGCACGACACACUCAGGACGACUCUUGCUGCUCUUGGGUUUGCUCCUUCUACUGCUGACCCGUCGCUGUUUCUGCGCACCGACACUUCUUUGCCGCCGUUCUACGUUCUCGUGUACGUAGACGACUUGGUCUUUGCUACUGCUGACGCUGAGGCACUCGCCCACGUGAAGUCGGAGCUGCAGAAGAGACACACGUGCACAGACCUGGGUGAGCUGACAAGCUAUCUUGGCUUGCGGAUCACCCGGGACAGAGCACAGUGCACCAUCACCUUGACUCAGUCACACAUGGUGCAGCAGGUCCUUCAGCGCUUCCGCUUCACGUACUCCUCGCCUCAGCCCACUCCUCUGCCUACCGGUCACUCGCUCUCAGCUCUGCCUUCGGAUGAGUCCGUAGAGCCGAGUGGCCCCUCCAGUUGUGAGGCUGAGAUCUACGCCACAGCCAUGGCUGCCCAGGAGCUACGCUGGCUCACCUACCUGCUGACCGACCUUGGAGAGCGGCCUCGUUCUCCUCCAGUGCUGUACGUCGACAACAAGGCAGCCAUUGCCUUGUGUCAGGAGCACAGACUGGAGCACAGAACGAAGCACAUCGCUCUGCGCUACUUCCUUGCUCGAGAGCUGCAGCAGCGUGGUUAG